UCAGCGGCAGGGGAAUCGGACGCGGGCUACCUGGAGGACAACGAUGAUUACGAUGAAGAGGAUGACGCAGUGGUUACCCCAUCGCGGGUUUCUGUUUUCCCCAAGAAAUCUCCUCAGCUGUCCUUUUCGCCGAAUGCGGCUCUCCCCGAUAUAAGUGUGCCACAGGCUUCAAAGAAGAGUCAGCACCCUCACCUUUCGUCCGCAGGCGUGGAAGGCCUCACAAAAGCCCAACUCAAGACAGCGCUGCUCUACCUUUUGGAGGUGAGUGUCUAA